AUGUCACUUCUUGAUGAGAGCAAAUCAGUUCUUCCGGAUUCAAGACCAGCGAAGAUUCUAGUUCUCGGACUGUGUCGCACGGGAACGAGUUCCCUUUAUGUGGCACAAAAGGAGCUUGGGUUGAAGCCGUACCACUUUCGAGACAUAGUGUUCAACACUGAACAUAUGGAAUUAUGGCUCAAGGCUCUGAAAGCCAAGUUUGACGGGGUUGGAAAACCUUUCCAGGGGAAAGACUUCGACCAGAUGCUCGGAGAAUAUGAUUCUGUCGCUGAUACCCCUGCCUGCUUUUUUGUGGAGGAGCUUCUUGAAGCCUAUCCCAAUUCCAAAGUGAUUCUUACAGUCCGAAGUCCCGAAUCAUGGCUACGGUCAAUGCAGAACACUCUCAUCAAGGUUAUAUCCUGGAGAUCAUGGACCGUUCUUUCAUUUGUCGAUUACGAACAUUCUGCCUUUUACUGGCCGCUUUUCAACCGUAUAAUGCGUGUCAUGUCGAAAGGGAAUGUCCCUUGGAAAGCGUCUUCUUCCCCCUCAUUCCUUCAAUUCUUUGAUGAACAUUAUGCCUUGGUCCGCCGCGUGGUUCCAAAAGACAGGCUGCUAGAGUGGCAUCCAUCCCAAAGCUGGGACCCUCUAUGUGAGUUUUUGGACUUGCCUGUUCCAGCUAAGGAAUUCCCGCACGUUUGUACAGGCGAAAGCAACGUUCAAACACAUAACUUGAUGUACUGGAACAGAUGGCGGCGAGUGAUUAAAAAUGGUGUCAAAAUCGUCGGAUUGGUAGCACUCCCUCUGGGAGGGAUCUGGUACAUUCGGUCAGGCGGCAUGCUUGGCUAG